UCCGUGGGUCACAAGAAUAUACUACUUCUGUGCACGGAUCUACGUCUGUGUCUUGCUCUCUCUAUAAAUAUAUGUGUAUAUGAGCUAGAUUUGGACCAGUCAGGUCUCAGGCAUUGGCUUAUUCCUCCAAAAUGUUUAAUACUCUGACCCUGAUCCAGCAAAUCCCGUUUGAACGUAAGGGGAGCGUUUCCCUGCGUUGGAGGCCGUGGCGUGCGGUGACGGGGUGCUGGGGUUUAGGCAUUUCUGUCACUGAAAGGUGAAUGUGUUUUCUUCUUCCUGCUACUGGAAGGUUUUUGCCUGCAGGGUUUGCGGAGAUGAAGUACGUGUGAUUAGAAGCAGAACCAGAAUAAGCUAGAUAAGUAGCGUUCUCGCACACCUCUUUAUCCCAGGAGUUAUCCCCUGCAGAGGAUUAGGGAUGUAAGACCAGCCUUAAGGCUUUAAUAGCAAACAAACUGCUUUCUUUGGGUAAUGGUGCAUCGCCUGUAUCUCCACCAUGAGGACAGUCUUCAGCCUGGUUCUUGUCAGCUCCCUUUUUGUACUCAAAAGCGACGCGCUGCAGUGUUACACCUGCGUAGGUUCCAGCGACGAGGACUGUAACAGACAAGGGACCCAGCAAUGCCCGGGGCAUUCGGACGCCUGUGCGGUCAUCAGAGGACAAUCUAGUGGCAUCAUGAAGUCCUGUUCGUUCCGGUCCUUCUGCGAGCGGGCGAGGAGGGACGGGUCCAGAGCACCCGGAGUGAGCGUUCACUGCUGCUACUCCAACAACUGCAACGCUAAAAGCCUGGCCUCCAGACUCACCACCUCCACUGGCUACUUCUGCCUCCUCCUCUUCACCUUGCUGUGGCACCCGCUGCUGAAGAUGACAUGAGGGGAGAAAAAAUGAAUAUUCUGAAGCAACGAGUCUGCCUUCUUAGAAAGGAAUGAUUAUAUUUCCUAAUCACAUUACUCCAUGUACCAUAUUUCUCAGUAGGCAAAAAGCAGUAGGCAGAACGUGGCACGUUCAGAUCAAAAUCGCUCCAUCUGCUAAAUGUCUUGACCUGUACUUAAGAAACGCUGCCCUCUUCUUGUUUAUUAUAAGGGGUUGAUUGGGUGAAUCUAGAAUCAUAGAAUGGUUCGGGUUAGAAGGGACCGUAAAGAUCAUCAGGUUCAACGUUUUCCUACGAUUUAGCUAGUGUGUAUAAGGAGAAGGAGAAAUCUUAGCCGUCAGUAGCCUUGUAGUAGGGUAGUAGCAGUACCUUCCACCUGCUGUUUACUGCUGGCAGCCAUUCAAAAGCAAGCUAAAAUUUUCAAGCACAAAGUGACUGAAAAUUCUAGCAAGCAAAUUAGUCUUUCAGAGAAUAUUUGCGAGCUGGACAAAGCCAGAAAACUUGAAAUAAAGGUCAUUUAGUAUUAAUACAAACUGGUAAGAGACAGUAAUUCAGGGAACAAUGCAUGGAGGUAUGUUAUAUUAUGUAUAUUUCGUGGGAAAAAACCCUUUUAGUCAUCUCUUUUCUGAUCCUCUAAGAAUCUUAUCACAACAUUGGAAGAAGAGAAGGAAAAAAAAGAGCUUGGAAGUUGUUUUGAACUGGUAAUCUCCCUCCAAAGAUCAGCUUAUUCUAUCUCUGCUGCUGGUUUUGAGAACAAGUAAGUGGUUAAUCCCUGGCUUGUAGGCAAAUUAUAACUUGAGUAAUAAUAUUUUUGCUUAUCCGAAUUCAUAGAAUCAUAGAAUGGUUUGGGUUGGAAGGGACCUUAAAGAUCAUCGAGUUCCAACCCCCUGCCCUGGGCAGGGACACCUCCCACCAGACCAGGUUGCUCCAAGCCCCAUCCAGCCUGGCCUUGAACCCCUCCAGGGAUGGGGCAUCCUUCUUGGGGUUUCAACUAUGUAGUUAACUCUUUACUCUCCUCAACUUCAUUCUUUGGGAGUAAGAGUAUAUAUCUCACCUUCCAAUGAUGUGACUGGGUUGAUCUGUGGUGGUUUAUGUAUUCUUUUCUUUUUGCAAAGUGAAUGAAAUUACAUGCAGAUCUUUAGAGAUGUAAGAAACUAUAUCUGCGUUGUUAAUAAUCCCAUUCAUUGCAGUCUUACCCAGUAAAUGAUCCAGAGUGGGACAUCUCAGAAGGCAUUGUGCAUCACCAGUUAGUGAUGGUCUUUUGGCGUGGUUAUGUUGAAAGUAGGCAAGAGAAAUGACAUAACGCAUGAUGUGAUAGCACUAAGCAGGGUCCUGGGUCUGUGAUACUGGAGAGCAGGGAGGUUCCUCCUUUGGUUCAAAGCUCAGAGGGACAGACAAGCAGAUGAGUGGUAGUUGUAGAUUUUAAUGCCCUACUGUGAUGAUCUGGUCUAAUCUCCAGCACAGAACAUGGCUUGAAGUCCAGCUGGUGUCACUGAAGUAAAGGUGGUCUUUCGAAUUCUAGUUUUAGUUGCCCAUUUAGAAAAAGAUUUGGUUGUCAAGUUUAUGGAACUCACAAAAUACGUGGCAAAGCAGUUUUUCCACUAGCUUUGUGUUGUGACUUUUUUCUGGUAUAAUUCUUGGAAAAAUCAGUUCCAGGCAGUGUGUCAUAGAAUUCUGCACUUUUGCAAACAUUUUAUUCAGGUUGUGAACUCUAGAGAGCUGCUUCAAGUGAAAUAAUGACUGAAACCUCCAUGUAGAGUGUAACCCUCACCUACCUCGUAGCUGUUGCCCGUCACACGGACCAAACUGUCUCCUUGUUUCGUUGUGCUCUUUCCUCUGUCUGGGUCCUUUUGUCAUGUCCUGUAGGUGGUGGCUUCAGACUGAGACUGAUCUUCUGGGGUUUUGUUGGAGCUGGCUCUCAGAAGAGGCAGCUCUGGUCUAUGCUUUGUUGAUGGGCGCAAGUCUGAUAAAGCUGUUGAGUAUAAAGAUGGCACCAAUGCAACAGAUCUCAGCUGAGAAUGUUAAUUUAUACAUAAAUAGCUCAUCUGUUUAAAAAUCACUUCCGUUGGUUUAAGUAUUUCUCGUUUCGUUCUCAGCUUGAAUCAGUUCCUUCAAUCUGUUCUGCUACAGGAAAUAUGUAUUGAUUGUAUCUUUAUUUUCCGAUUGUUCUGUAAUGUUAAAUCUGUGUGGAAUGUCAUCUCUGUUAUAUGCUCAGUGCAUUUCCUUAAUGAGAAAAUAAAAUACAUGCAAUGGC